GUGUUGAUAUCGACGGGUUGUGUUUUUCGCCGAGUGCCGACCGGCCUGUGAGCACUGCAUUUUGUUGCCAUGUCCUGCAUUCGUAUUCGUCAGCUUGUCAUCGAUGCACUUGGCUGUUCUGCUGCACUUCGAAUUGUAUCACAAACUGGCAGUUAGUUUAAUCGCGACAGCAUUCGUGUUAAGACUGUGAAAUCUUUCGCUCUUCUAUCGGCGCUAGGUAUUAAACUGAUAAGCAAUUGGAAUUAGAUUUUAUUUGAUAGUUCGGUUUUAACCCAUGCAGGGUCGAUAGCGAAAAGACGACACUUCUGGGUUCACGAUCUGACCCUCGGCGAUUCAGUGCUGUGCGCCGGCUUGCAAUCGACUUUGCCCUUACCAGCGAAUGCGACGUAAAUCAUUAGACUAAUUGAUCCGACACAAACGGUUGACACGUGCGUGGUCUCUUCAAAUUGUUCUUUAAUUUAAUAUUCCUCAGUUUAGAAGAGAGAGAGUGUGAGGAUUCGCGAUAACAGUUUCUUAAGUUUUGAUUUUCUCUCGCGCGUUUUUGUUCACGUGCCAUAACUUGCUCGGUCUGAGAGUGACGGGAAUGUGUACAAUUUGUUAGCCACUGUGCGUUAUCCAGUGUUCGACGAAAUAAGAAAAAAAAACACAUACAUGAUCAGUGAGAGUGUGAUACACAAAGUGAAAGCAUGGCAUCAAUGAAAUAACAAAAAUAAAAUUUGUGACAGCGAAAUAGUCUGUUCAGCGAGUGAAUUUCGAGAAUACUGAUUUUGCUUGACGACAACGGUAGAAAUAGACAAAGACUGUUCUAGGUGUAAAUACCGGCAGCUAAGGAGAAUUCAUCCAAUUGCUAGUGUGUGCUGAAUAUCAAUGUGACGUUCUACCGCUUUUCUUAGGUACUUUGGUUGGUUUGGGCUGCGAAGAACAGUUUGUCUCCGAUUGCCUAUGAUUUGAGAUUCAAAGAAUCUACUGGACCGUGUGGUUUACUUACUAAAAUUUCGCUUAAUUCGCACGCGUAAACAACGAACGUAGUCUUUACUUAAAUCGCGUUUGUCCUUGGGUUAAUAAAAAAUAAGUGGGGUGACAUAGAGAACGUUAUAAUGAACUUAGUAUCAUGAACGCGAUUUGAAAAAAAAUUUAAAGUAAGAAUAAAACCAAUUAUGCCCCUUAUUGAUGUUCACUGAAUGCGUCGUCUGCAGUGUGUUAGGUGUAUUGUCUCAACUGACCCCCAAUAUCGAUAUUUGCCGGUUAGCGAGCUCGUACGAUAUUCCAGCUUCAUCGGAGAUAGCGAAACACUAACGCGCGAAGGCGACUGUGAUCGGUUAACAUCGCAGAUUUCUUUCCGAAUAUUCGACAGUAGUCCGACGGGUCCGUUAGAAGGGAGGGGUUGAUUUUACCUACGUGUUGUUAAUGGUUUCGCAAGACCGCUGGAUGGAGACGAUGUCUGAUUCGGGGUAUGAGUCCAGACCGGACGGAAACGGCGCGUCUAGCUCUAGUAGUAACACUCUUAUUCCGCGAACGCCGCCGAACUGCGCACGCUGUCGGAAUCACGGUCUCAAAAUUGGUCUCAAAGGACACAAACGUUACUGCAAGCACCGCUACUGUAAGUGCGAAAAAUGCUGCCUAACUGCGGAACGACAGAGGGUCAUGGCGCUGCAGACAGCACUCCGCCGGGCUCAGACACAGGACGAACAACGAGCGCUCAAUGAUGGCGAGGUGCCGCCAGAUCCGGUACAUAAUAUUCACAUACCAAAGUUGUCCGAACUGAAAGAGAUGAAACAUAAUUUGAUGCAUAAUUCUCAGACGAGAUCGUUGAUCGACUGUGAUUCGUCGACUGGUUCGAUGAACUCCACACCAGGCACGUCGUCCAUGGCACUGGCACUACAUCGGAGGUCACCGGCAGCUGUUACCCAUCCUGGCGAGGCUCAACAUCUUGGAGCGAACCACUCCAGCGUGUCACCUGAACCUGCCAAUAUUUUACAAAUUGCCUCUUCAAUGAGGGUUCAACAUCACGUUCCUGAUUCGGGAGCAGACGACGAGUUGGUUAAGCGAUCUCAGGGCCUCCUUGAGAAGCUCAACUACCCCUGGGAAAUGAUGCCCCUGGUGUAUGUUAUACUGAAAGGCUGCGAUGGGGACGUCCAGAAAGCUCAUCAACGGAUCGACGAAGGUAAUGCCGUGAUCAAGUCCUACUUUUUGCGUGACCGCAGUAUCGAUCCGCUAACCGAGGACGAUGAAAACAUUUCGGUAACCCGAACGAACUCUACAUCGCCCUCCAGGUUCAGUUCAAGGUCUAGAUCUCAAUCACGUUCACGACAAGCGGACACCCCACGAGACGAUGGUGUUCUUAAUUUGGAUACGAAAACAACCAAAGCAUCCGGUAAUGAGGAUCAUUUUAUUUACGAUGAUUCUAGUAAACUCAGAAGCAAUGAUUCUGAAGAUCUCAAAUCUCGCCUGGAAGAAGUUUAUCACAGUAGCGUUGAACAAGAAUGCAAUCAGAGAGAGAGGCGGUUCAGUCCUGCUAAAGAAAUCGAAUCUCGGUCGGUGCAGAAAGCUCAAGUUGAGAAUGGAUACGAAAGUAGUGCGGCGGUCAGAAACAUUAAACGCAAAAAGAUCACACAAAAAGAGGAAUCUUCUACAGAGUCCUGCGCAACAAAGGAAAAACCUGCAUCUUUUCUUACGCAAUUGGAUCUACUAAAAAACACAUUACCUAUUCAUAAAUAUUCCACAUUGGAGCAAAACAAUUUUCAAAUACCGCUUUCGAUUCCUCAUCCAUUACCGGACUUAGUCAAUCGGGUAAUUUACCCUGCUGAUUUUAUUCCCUAUCUGUUCCAUCCAUACCAAUCGACAGGAAGUGAAACGAACCUGCCAAUGUUUCCCAACAGCUUCGUAAGCUGUCCGCCUCAGCGAUUUUUCUCUAUUUCGGAAGAUUGCUAUCAGAAAGAAGCUCCGAAAGCACCAGUUCCACCCUCUCCACCAAGAAACGUGCCGAACAAGGGGGCCCAGUUUUUUCCACAGAGAGUCGAUCCCAGCCUACCAUCGAGUCAAUCUUCUGUUGCAUCGAUACACUAGCUGCAACGAGUCACUGACUUUGGACUUGUAAAUGUCGCUAAGGCCGAUGGAAGAGACGUGCAGUUGUGCUCCGACUAAGAGUUUUCUCCACGCAGUCCUGGUAAUUCACGCACGCCAUGUUGGCAGUUAACCUAAGCAAUGGAUAAAAACACCGAUUGAUUCCUUUCUUUUGUUUACCAAAAGUGAUAUUUAGAAAUUAGAUACUAUCGAGGCAGAACCACACUCUAUUUUGAAAAUAAUUUACUUGGUUUUAAGAGCUAACUCAUUUGCUGUGAUUUAUUAUUCCUGUUAUCGGAACAGAAUGUGCGAAAGAGUUAUAGAUGUAGAAAUCAAGGUCAUGAAACUGUGAUAACUAUGGAUGAGCCAUACAGAAAGAAAGGUUUGAGUAUGUAGUGUUGAUUAGCUUGCUCAGUCGGUAAAAUAUGCUAACACAAAAAUAAUUUGUGGUCGUUGCUGGUAUGUUGAUGAAGAAGGACCCUAUUAUUAUAACUAAACAGUUAAAUUAUUUCUGGACUCUAGUUUAGUAGAGCGAUUUGCCACUCGUUGGAGUGGUACGUCUUUUGAUAUUCGAACCAAACAUGGUCAGCAUAGCCUGAUUAGUUAUACUGUCGAAGUGUUUAUACCAUGCAACGAACAGGUAGCCAUAAAUAAUUGUAAUAAACAGUCGUUUGAGGUUGAUCACCCCAACAACUACUUUCGUUUAAGUUAUAUCAGAAUUGAAUGUUAUCUUAGACAUUUGGUGCGAGCUUGUAUAAUUUGGCAUUUGGUAAUUUUUGGUUCAACACUGACAAAAAAAUCUAUAGAAAAAUGUACGAAUGCUUCAAACUAGGGCUUUGGUUUGACUUUGGUUUUAUACGAGCAUAAACAUUUUCUAUAGAAGACGGUUCUAGCAAUUCAAAUGUGAUAUGCGUGUAGUAUUAUUGCUAAAAAUCGGAAUCAUCUUUUAAAUUUACGCAAUUUCAAAAUGAAUAUUUAAAAUUAUUUGAACUUUGUUCACUUACAUGAGAUUAGUAACGCUUGGAGCUAAUGGAAACAAAUAAAGCAAUCUCUUUAAUUGGUAUUCCAAUGAUAUUUUUAGAAAACAUCGAACAAUAUCUCGUAAAUAUGACUCAGAGUUUGAUAAAUUAUGAACUAAAAAAUUAGAAAAGCAUCAAUUAAUUAGUUCAAUUAAAAAAAUUCGGUUGCACUAUGGAGUAAAUAACCCAACACAUUCAUGCGCAAGCGAAUUAAAGUUGUACACAUAGAAUAUUGUAAAUAACUAGGGCUCAUUUCCUUCUCUCUCACCCUCGCUGCAGAUUACUGUCCAAAAUUGAAAAACACAUUGCGCUACAUUACAGAAAGUGGAAUGAUAGUAACAUACACACGAAUGACGGUGCAAGCACACAGGAAUGUAGUAAAGCAGAUUAGGAAACAUAGUUUAUAGAUAUUGCAUGAGAAGAAAUAAAAAAAAACACAUUUUAAAAUAAUUAGUUUACAUGUAAAAAAUCUAAGUUACAGCAGUAAUAAAGAUAUUUAUAAAUAAAUCAAAAUACGGUUUUUCAGUUUGCCACAAACGAGGUGUUGGAAGUAUUUGCAGUGAGCACUACUUAGAUAUUUUAGAAUUGUUAUUCAUAAAUUGCUAGGAUACCUAAGAUUUUGAUUUCCGCGAUAUGGAAGCAAAGUGCUAUAUCACUGAAGUGGCAAAAUUAAACUUCACUACAUAUUAAUUGUGUUUAUGAUGAUAUCAACAACACUGUUCAAUUAUUACAAACACAAACGAUGCUAAAUGUCGAAAUGUGUCGGCGGUAAUAAAUUAUGUUUUUUUUUUUUUA